AUGAGCGAUCCCAAUAGACCUGUAAACGGCCAAGAUUACCAUCAGAAUACAUCAAAUAACCCACCACCGCCGCCUUUCCCUCCUACAUCAAGGUCUUCAGUUCCUUCGUCUGCCCACGGACCAGGUGUUCGUUCGUCCUCAUCUUCCACAAGUCCUUCAUAUUACUACCAUCCACAAUCCCAGGGAUACCCUUCCAGAGGUAGUAGCGACCAACAUCAUCACGUAGGUUAUCGUCAGAGUUACUCUAGGGGCAACAGCAGCGGAUAUCGUGGUGGAGGAAUAAACAACUCAAGCGGCCGCUAUCACCACUAUGGUGGCUAUAAUCAUGGGUAUGGCGCUCAAGGGAUGUACCGUGGAGGAUACUAUGGCGGUUAUGGUGGCGGUGGGACCUAUCAUUCAAGCUACCGCCACCAACAUGGAGGAUACAAUACAUAUAACAAUCAGCAUGAACAACAGCUCCACGUAGCACAGCAUUCAACACAGCAAAAUAAUGAACAGUCACGAUACAGCACGACACAGCAACAUGGCCGUACUAAUGCUACUGAAACCACUUCUUCAGGUGUAGCUCCCGGUGUAGCUCCAGCCCCAGCAGCAGCUGCCGUAACCGCAGCACCACUGGCAGCCCAGCAAGCUCAACAGCCUCAAGUAACUACGCAGCAAGCAAGAUCACAAAACCCUCGCUUUGAGGUUACUGACGAUCCUAUACUUCAUCUAACGGAAUUAGACAAGUCUACCGAUGAUCCGCAAAGAGUUGAAGAGAUACGAAGAGUAUUCCAUGAUAGUGAUCUCAUUGACCAGCAACUAGGCCGGCAGAAAUUGGCUAUGUGGAAAACCGAGCUUGAGCUAGGUUUAUUGGAUACCCAGUCAGAAAAAGACGCAUUAAAUGUUCAGUUGAACCAAGAAAAUCUCGACACACUACUAAUGGAAGGUUAA